ACCGGCUUUCGCAGCGUGCGCAUCUCGUGACCGGCAGUUUUUUGCUCAGUGUAUCUUAGCCGAAAGUUUACCAACCGACCAAACACAACCAACGAACGGUUAAAUCCGCACAUAGACCGCAUUUCGAUCCGAUUCGGUGAGACGAUGUCGUUGCUGCUGCUCCUUUUGGCCGUCGUCCUGCCGCAGAGGCAGCUCCUGCCCUUCGUAUCCGGAGGGUCCUGCCGGGAGGCGCAGCUCUGCUGCAACGGCCGCGACUCGUCCUGCGUCGUCCAGAAGGCGCCCAUCAACGCCAUCAUCGAGGACCUCAGCGACAAGCCCUGCUACUGCGACCAUGCCUGCCUCAAGCUCGGCGAUUGUUGCGACGACUUCAAGGAUCAUUGUGGAGUGCUGGACUGCCAGGUGGGCGACUGGGGCGCCUGGAGUGAAUGCGACCGGAGUUGCGGCACGGGCAUGACGACGCGGAACAGGCAGAUCCUGCAGGCAGCUCAAAAUGGUGGCAAGCACUGCCCCGCGUUGCAGCAAAAAAGGAGUUGCCAAGGAUACCGAUGCCAUGGACACCACGACAAGAAGAUACUGCGAGAAAUGGCCCUUCUUCUGCCAGCUGCACUCUCGCACAAUCAUCAUGUCAACGAGAGUGGAGAUUUGCGACGCAGUCUGCGCACGCGUUACCGCGACGCCUACAAACACAACCAUGAUCAGGAAUACUGCGUGGAGUUCGAGGUAAUCAAAUCAUCUAAAGCCUGCCACAAGCUGCCGCCAUAUAAUCUGAUGACAGAAGGCGAUCGCAUCACGGUGCGCUGUGACCUUGAGGCAUUGAUCCAAGACUCAGCCGGCAGCUCCACCACCGCCAGGACACCCCAAGGACCCACUACGCCGUCCACGACCACAGUUUCAUCCGCAGCUUCCGCCUAUGGCCAGCGGACGGAUGACCUUGAGGAGGAGCGACUGCAGCGUGAGACCAGCAGCGACGAGGAGGCGACCAACCAGGAUGGCGAGGCGGAGGAGGAGGAUGAGGAGCCGGAGCAGGAUGAGCAGGAUGACCUGCAGAAUGCCCUGGACUCGGACAGCAACGAGAGUACCGACUACCGUCACCAGCGGCAGUCGCAGAUGUCGCAAAUGUCCCACAGCCGCCGGACAGCGGGAAAGCGCAGCGCCGUGCCGGCCACGCCCUCGCCCAUGCUGCCGCCCACCUACCAUUGCCGGGGGGAGGGGCAGGCCGGGCGCACGACACGCUGGAGUGCGCUGCCGGCGCCGUCGUGCCGCGGCAAGUGGCUCCGUCUGACCGUCGGUCCGCCCAAGAAGUGCGGCCACGCCCAGUUCAUCUUCGUCUAAGGCGACGUGGUAAUGCCGCCAACUCAAGUUGCGGUGAUCAUUUUUUUUUCUCCGUGUAGGUUAUGGUGUACGGUCUCCCCCCACUCAUCAUAUCAUAUCAUAUCACCCGCGCCCCUGCCACGCCCCCUCACUUCCGGCCCAAAAUCAAUAAAGUACCCCAUCGUAUGUAAGCGUUUAAACAUUAAGCCAGUGGAUUAAGAAGAUCAUAGCAUAUGUAUGUAUGUGUGGUGAGGUCAGGUUUUUUUUUUGUCUCGCUAGAGAAGAGAACCGGAAAUAAAGGACACACUGCCAGUGAAAUAUAGGUUAUAUAUGGAUAAAUAUCAGA